AUGGUAUCUGUGCUUUGGGACUCACGUGGUCUGUUCUGGGAAAUCAUCUCAGAUGAACAUGGCAUCGAUCCCAAUGGCAUGUAUCACGGCGAAAAUGAUUUGCAAUUGGAACGCAUUGAUGUCUACUACAAUGAGGCUAACAAUGGCAAAUAUGUGCCACGUGCAGUGCUUAUCGAUUUGGAGCCCGGCACAAUGGAUUCAGUGCGCCAAUCGGCCAUGGGUAUGCUUUUCAGGCCGGACAAUUUUGUAUUCGGACAAUCAGGCGCGGGUAAUAACUGGGCCAAGGGUCACUACACAGAAGGCGCUGAAUUAAUUGAUUCAGUAUUGGAUGUUUUACGCAAAGAGUCAGAAGGUUGCGACUGUCUGCAGGGUUUCCAACUUGCUCACUCCCUUGGUGGUGGUACCGGUUCGGGUCUUGGAACCUUAUUGAUUUCGAAGAUACGUGAAGAGUAUCCCGAUAGAAUAAUGAACACAUUUUCCGUAGUUCCUUCACCUAAGGUUUCCGAUACAGUUGUGGAGCCUUAUAAUGCCACCUUAUCCAUACAUCAGCUCGUCGAGAAUACCGAUGAAACAUUUUGCAUUGACAACGAAGCACUCUACGAUAUCUGCUUCCGUACAUUGAAACUUUCGUCACCCACAUAUGGAGAUUUAAAUCAUCUCGUAUCCGUAAGUUUACCAUAACACAAAACUAAUGUAUUUUCUUUCCUUCUCCUUUCCUGGCAAAAUCAUGAUACACCCGUACGACACACAUCCUGCCCGCAUCGAAUCAACAAACAACAAA